CCUGCGGGGAUGGAGUAAAGUGCUAAGGCUUGUUGUUGUUGUUGUCGUCGGCAAAAUGGCGUCUGGCGGUGAGGCCCCGGAGUCAUGGUACCUAGCUCUGCUCGGUUUUGCGGAGCAUUUCCGCACCUCGAGUCCGCCCAAAAUUCGUCUUUGCGUCCACUGUCUCCAAGCUGUCUUUCAGUUUAAGCCCCCGCAGCGGGUCGAGGCCCGGACUCACCUCCAGCUUGGUUCCGUACUGUAUCACCAUACCAAGAACAGCGAGCUUGCCCGGAACCAUCUCGAAAAAGCGUGGUUUAUAUCUCAGCAAGUCCCUCAGUUUGAAGAUGUUAAAUUUGAGGCUGCAAGUCUUCUUUCAGAACUCUAUUGCCAACAGAAUCUUGUGGACUCUGCCAAACCUCUUCUACGCAAGGCCAUCCAGAUUUCCCAGCAGACUCCAUACUGGCACUGUCGACUGCUGUUUCAGCUGGCUCAACUGCACACACUGGAGAAGGACCUGGUAUCUGCCUGUGACCUGCUAGGGGUUGGGGCUGAGUACGCCAGGGUGGUCGGGUCUGAGUACACCAGAGCGCUGUUUCUUUUAAGUAAAGGAAUGCUGCUGCUGAUGGAGCGAAAGCUGCAGGAAGUGCACCCCCUGCUCACGCUGUGUGGCCAGAUCGUGGAGAACUGGCAGGGGAACCCCAUCCAGAAGGAGUCCCUGAGGGUUUUCUUCCUGGUGCUGCAGGUCACGCACUACCUGGAUGCCGGUCAGGUUAAGAGCGUCAAGCCCUGUCUGAAGCAGCUACAACAGUGUAUCCAGACCAUCUCCACUCUCCAUGAUGAUGAGAUUCUCCCUAGCAACCCAGCCGACCUCUUCCACUGGCUACCUAAGGAGCACAUGUGUGUACUGGUCUAUCUGGUCACUGUGAUGCACUCCAUGCAGGCCGGGUAUCUAGAGAAGGCACAGAAAUACACAGACAAAGCGCUCAUGCAGUUAGAGAAGCUGAAAAUGCUGGACUGUAGUCCCAUCCUUUCUUCCUUCCAAGUCAUCCUCCUUGAGCACAUCAUCAUGUGCCGACUCGUCACUGGCCACAAGGCGACAGCAUUGCAAGAGAUCUCCCAGGUUUGCCAGUUGUGCCAGCAGUCGCCCAGGUUAUUCUCCAACCAUGCUGCUCAGCUCCAUACCCUACUAGGUUUGUACUGUAUCUCUGUGAACUGCAUGGACAAUGCAGAGGCACAGUUCACAACUGCACUUCAGCUGACCACGCACCAGGAGCUGUGGACCUUCAUCGUGACCAACCUGGCGAGCGUCUACAUCAGGGAAGGGAACCGGCAGCAGGAGCUUUACAGUCUUUUGGAGAGAAUCAAUCCCGAUCGCAACUUUCCUGUAAGCUCCCACUGUCUGCGAGCGGCUGCUUUCUACAUCCGAGGACUCCUCUCCUUCUUCCAGGGGCGCUACAGUGAAGCUAAGCGGUUCCUGCGGGAGACGCUGAAGAUGUCCAAUGCUGAGGACCUGAACCGCUUGACGGCGUGCUCUCUCGUCCUGCUGGGCCACAUAUUCUACGUGCUGGGGAACCACAGGGAGAGCAACAACAUGGUCGUCCCAGCAAUGCAGCUGGCAAGCAAAAUCCCAGACAUGUCUGUUCAGCUGUGGUCCUCGGCCCUACUGAAAGAUUUGAACAAAGCCUGUGGAAACACCAUGGAGGCACAUGAAGCAGCCCAGAUGCACCAGAACUUCUCCCAGCAGCUCCUCCAGGACCACAUUGCUGCCUGCAGCCUCCCAGAACACAACCUCAUCAGCUGGACAGACGGCCCACCACCAGUGCAGUUUCAAGCCCAGAAUGGUCCCACCACCAGCCUGGCCAACCUGCUGUGAGUGCAGCCAGGGCCGGAGCCAAGCCCACACUGUGAGAGGGGGACCGGCCCACUCCUGAAUCCAGUGCUUCAGGCUCGAGUGUUUUUAUUGACAGUCCCAUAGACGUGCUGUUAAGGUGAUGUCCAUGGCGGGGAAUACGGGGGGGUGGGGUGGGGAGGGGUAAUUUUGGCAUGUGACGAUGGCCUUGUGCCACGUGGGGUUUCUAUAAUCCAGAGAAGAACAGGCCAUGGUGGGCUGCAGACAAGCCACUGAGACGGUGACAGAGAAGCCUACCUCAAGGAAAAAUACGGUUGUGGGUGGGUGGAGCCUGAAGGCAUUGAGGAGGGGGCGGGGCUGUGACGACCGCUCCCAGGCCAAGGCAAACACAUUCCAGCUGAGUGAGGAAACGAUGAGUCAUCAGGGAGCCUGAACAACUUCCCGUAAGGACUCCUCCUGCACCGAGCCUGCUUCAGGCCCCAGAGUUCCUGGGAGCCCAUCUCUUGGUGUUAAUCCCCAGCUUGGGAUGUUGAGUCAGUUCUCGAGGCUUGGGGUGGUAGUACGCCACUGAAAACUGAUGUUCCUCAGAGUGCUUGUGAUAUUUCCUGCUCUGUUCCCACCAUCGUGAUAAACCUGUGAACUGGGACGUACUGAUCUAUCGGGCCCUUUUACAGAAUGUUAGUCGAACAUGCAUUCCCCUUAUAUAGGAUUUAUUUGCAUUUGUUACUUUUAAGGAAAAUACUUUUAGAGCUUGAUUUUUCCCAGAGUGUGACUGCAAUGAAUGCAAAAAAAAUGCAUGGGGUGGGGGGGUGGAGAUUUAAGUUUGGUAAAUGCAAUUUUAUUGACAUCAGACUGAUCUGCUGGUUCGUUUUACAAUAUAAAAUAUAAAAUUUGGCAUUGGAUUAAUUUAGCAUCAUAUAGGCAGAAAAUAGAAUUUGCAGUUUUGAUUUGUUUUUGAUUUGAUUUUUGAGCAGGUCGAGAGCAGAUAAGGGGUUUGUUUUAGCUCAUCUUUGUUUUUGAUAUAUUUAUUUGGGCUUAAGCGCAGGUAGACUCCUGCAAAGCCCCCUUUCACCAAGUGCAGUCCCUUAAUGGACCAGCAACAGUCACCUGAGUAGCAUCUGGGUAGUUUGCUGGGGAGGCAAAAGCCUUUUGUAAUAUUCUAAAUUAUUUUUUUUAAACAAAUGAUAGGCAUUUUGUAACCUGUCAUGUGUAAUACUUUUUCAGGAGUAUCACUUCAGUUUGUCAAUUAUAUUUGAAACACAUAAUUAGUUUUUUUUUUUGUAUUGUGUGUCAUGCAGGUUCCUGUUUUAGCUGUACAGAUCAUGUUUAAACAAUAUUUUUGUUUAUGAAGAUAAACAUCUUAUGCUCAAUCCUGUAGUUUGAACAAAAAUCCAUUUAUUAAAUUUUGUAAAGUUUGAAUAUUUGUAUACCACAGUUAAUUUUUUUUUUCCAUUUGCAAAUACUCAACCUUUAGUUUGUAUAAAUAUUGCAAAAUGCUGAAAAAAUUGUUUAAUCUUAGUUUUUCCUCAAUUAGUACAUUUUGUUGUAUAAUAACGUUUGUUAUGAUAAAAUUAUUAAACCUUUAAAUGUCAGGUAUGUAAUGUAUUUCUAACUGUCCUAUAUAGACAAAAUCAAGAGCUAUAAGAAUAGCGACUCAGUGUUUAUAUUUUAUGUCUGCAUUAAAAAACCAAAAUACGAAAA